AUGUAUCAUAUUCAGGAUAACAAGCAGUCAUUUCCAAGCUAUCCUCAUCAAAAUCAAUUAACACAACCAACAAUGUCUAGUGCAGUCCAACAACAACAAUCACAACAACAGCUUGUGCCAUCGAGUGAUUCCAUGACUAAUAAAGCAUUAAACGAUGAACAAAUUUAUCAAUGGAUAUCUGAAUUAGUCACUGGUAAUAAUAGAGAAAGAGCAUUACUAGAGUUGGGUAAAAAAAGAGAACAAUAUGAUGAUUUAGCAUUAGUUUUAUGGAAUUCAUUUGGUGUUAUAACUGUAUUAUUGGAAGAAAUUAUAUCAGUUUAUCCAUAUUUGAAUCCACCUAAUUUAAGUGCAUCUAUAAGUAAUAGAGUUUGUAAUGCAUUAGCAUUAUUACAAUGUGUUGCAUCAAAUGUUCAAACUAGAAGUUUAUUUUUAAAUGCUAAUCUUCCAUUAUAUUUAUAUCCAUUUUUAUCAACUAAUGCUCGUCAAAGAUCUUUUGAAUAUUUAAGAUUAACCAGUUUAGGAGUUAUUGGUGCUUUAGUUAAAAAUGAUACUCCUGAAGUUAUUAAUUUCUUAUUAACUACUGAAAUUGUUCCUUUGUGUUUGAAUAUCAUGGAAAUUUCUUCAGAAUUAUCUAAAACUGUGGCUAUUUUCAUUUUACAGAAAAUUUUAUUAGAUGAUCAAGGAUUGUCUUAUGUGUGUACUACAUUUGAAAGAUUUCAUACUGUUGCUUCAGUUUUAUCCAAAAUGAUUGAGCAACUAAGUAUUGCUGUGAAUCAACAAGCCAAUCCUCAACAACAACAACAACAGCAACAACAACAAGGUCAGCAAGGACAAUCUUCAUCAAAUAGUUCAGGAAGAUUAUUAAAACAUGUUGUUAGAUGUUAUAUGAGAUUAUCAGAUAAUUUAGAAGCAAGAAAUGCGUUAGCUAAUAUUUUACCAGAACCUUUACGUGAUGGUACAUUUUCAACAAUUUUACAGGAUGAUUUGGCUACUAAAAGAUGUUUAGCUCAACUUUUAUCAAACAUUAGUGAACUGCAAAAACAACCACCUCAACAACAACAGUAA